AUGCGACUGACUGCUAUGCCACUGCACGAUGCCACCAGAUUCCUUAUUCUUCUCAAUCAGCAACGCCUCACCGACGUCGAGCUGAAUCUUCAACUCGAAGAGAACAACGAGCAGCUGGAAAUGAUGGCCAAAGACUUAGAGGUUGAAAAGAGAAAAACAGAUUCGAUUCUCAAGGACAUGUUGCCGCCUUUGAUAGCAGAUCAUAUCAUGAACAACAAGCAAGUUCAUGCUUGCGAAUUCGAAAAUACAACGGUGAUGUUCUCCGAUAUUCCCGAUUUCCAAUCUAUUCUAGUACAUUGUCAUCCGAAGGAUGUCGUACAGCUGCUCAACGAUUUGUUUCAUCGAUUUGACCGAUUAGUUAUUAUGCACAAGGUAUCGAUUCUAGCCUACAAGGUGGAGACCGUCGGCGAUAGUUACCUGACAGUUGGCGGAAUUCCGGAACAGAUACCUGAACAUGCAGAAAUUAUUUGUCAUUUAGCCAUCGGUAAGCUCCUUUUUUAUUGA